AUGAUCGGAGUGCAAAGCCCGUCCACAACAACCCUCUCCCUAGCACCUCCAUCUCUGCUGCCGGGAGAGUGCCAUGAAGGGGUAUCGGAGUUGCAUAAGGAGUUUAUCGGUUUAUUGGAUGGCCGGCGGUUUUUCUCAUUUCCUGGCGUUAGGUUCCAUGCCAUCGCGGUCGACAGCGGCGUCCUAUGGCUGAACAAAGCCCAGCAAGCGGAUGUCAUGCUCAACAAGGACCUUGGGGUCAACUUGACCAUCAUCGACGCCUCCGAGUCGUUCUGGCCUGGCUUAGCAGGAACGGAGGAUCCGGAGCAAAAGCGAAAGACAAUUCGCGAUGCAUCCGUCGACGUUUUCGAGGCUGAGGCUGCCAAAAUCGAGGCCGCGGCUGCGGAGGAGGAGAAGAAGGUCGCUGAAGCGAAAGAUGAAGUCCGUGCUCUUGGCCGUCUUCUUUCAACUCCCGCACAAUUGGUUGGACGUCAUCCUUUCCCUGGUCCAGGACUUGCGAUUCGUAUCCUCGGUCCUGUCACUCGCGAUCAAGUCAAGAUCCUACAGUUGGCAGACGACAUCUACAUCGAGGAAAUCCGAAAAGCCGGACUUUAUGACCAGAUCGCGCAGGCAUUCGCAGUGCUCCUACCUGUGAAGGCCGUGGGUGUUAUGGGAGAUCAAAGGAUGUAUGAUCGCAGGUAUUCCGAAGUUCUUCCGUUACAUCUCCUCAUCCAAGAGAACAAGAUUCCGGAAUUUGACAAUCUAUACCUAGAUUUCAAUGGAAUCAUUCAUAACUGCUCUCAUCCCAAUGACGAGGACGCCCAUUUCCGGCUCUCAGAGGAACGGAUAUUUACGUCCAUCUUUGCCUACGUCGACCACUUAUUCGGGAAGAUAAAGCCCAAGAAACUCUUUUUCAUGGCAGUGGAUGGUGUUGCUCCUCGCGCAAAGAUGAAUCAACGACGGAGUCGACGAUUCAGGACGGCAAAGGAAGCCAGGGAGAUCCGGGAGAAAGCAGAGGCUAAGGGAGAGAAGCUGCCGGAAGAGAAGGCUUUUGACAGCAAUUGUAUCGCACCAGGGACCCCAUUCAUGGCUCGACUCUCUGAGCAAUUGCGCUACUUCAUCAACGAGAAGACUAUGGAAGACUCCAAUUGGCGUGACAUCGAAGUCGUUCUUUCUGGCCACGAAGUCCCAGGAGAAGGCGAACACAAGAUCGUGGAAUUCCUUCGUUUAUCGCGUGCACAACCCGACUACAACCCGAACGUGCGACGCCGUCUUUACGGGCUCGACGCUGAUUUGAUCAUGCUGGGUCUGUUGAACCCCGACCCUCGUUUCUGCCCGUUGCGAGAGGAAGUCAAGCUCGGCCCUUCUUCAAGGAAGAAAGGCAAUACGAGGCAAGCCCAUGGCAGCUAUGCUCGUCAAAUAACUCACAUUUUAACAGCCUUGAAUCGAUCAAUUUUUAUCUGCUACAUCUUUGCCUCCUACGGGAACAUCUGGACCUGGAGUUCCGCGAGAUUGCGAGCACAAUCUCGAAAGAGUCAUCGGCGAUUUUAUUCCGCCGCCGGUAAUGGGUUGGAGAGGUUGUUUGACGUGUGCAAGAAGGUCCUUCCUGGGAUGGAUAUGACAGCUUACCUGAUCCGGCUUCAGCUGGUGCUCAACGAGAUGGCACAGGUGCCCGCAGGGAUUGCAGAGAAACCGUCAUCGCCAGCAGUAGAACCGGAGACCAAAGCACCCGAGGAGGUUCAAGGGAAACGCGAGCCUACGAGGGUCGAGGAGCCAACUCAAGAGCCCUGGCAAAAGUUGAAGUGGAGGCGCACGAAACACACCGGCGCAGCCCCUGCCGAAGUCGAAGCACCCGAGGCCACGCCUGCUAUCGUCGUCUCUUCUGACGAUUCUACUCCCGUGGUUGUCCACAAUUCGCCUGUUGCGGAAGCGCCGCCAGCUCCUCCCGUUCAGAACCGGUCAAGCCAGAAAUUGAAGCUGAGAAGGUCGUCAGCUUGCCCUCAACCUCUGCAGAACCGAUCGUCACUGAACCGGUCCACUCUGAGCCGGCCGUUGCAAAGCCGGCCCUUGUUGAAGUUCGGCCGACGGUCAUCGACGUCAUUCCAUCGAUCAUCCGAACGGUCUCCCACCAAUCCAGUGCCCGUGACGACCGAGGCAAAGGAAGUACCUCUCCCAAAUGCAGAACCACUUCCGAAGAUGGAGGCGGUGCCCGUGCCUCCAGUCAUUGUGUGGCCUGCAUCUGCGGAACCUUCCGAAGAAACGCCCCUCCAGCCUCUCGAAAGCAAAACACCGCCUACAGUCGUUGAGCCAGCGAAAGAUCAGCCUGCUGAGCAAACUGUUGCCGCCCAAAAUCGGUCUAACGCAUCACUUCCUCCUGACAUCGUCGUAAGUAAAGAGUCGACAGAAGGUAAAGCGUAUUCGGAUGAAAAGGCAGAUGCUGUUGGACGCAACAAGGCUGCCCUGACGCUGGGUGCUGAACGGCUGGCAGACGAGUCGUUGAUGUUGCCACCUAUGGCCACAGGCAACAUGGCGGCGAUGUCGUUGACUGAUGUCCUCAGCAAUUACUUUCCUCCGAUGUCGCCUGAAGCUGCCCUCGCGUACGACAUCCCAGAAACCCCGCCUCCUGCCAAGGCAGCGGCGGUCAAAAUUCCUGAUCCUCGCUCGUUCCUCUCUCCUCCUCCCAGUGGUUUCCUAUCCGGAGUACCUUCCUCUGGCAACCCGCCCUUCAGGUCGAUUGGUUCGCGUCCAAUGAGUAUGAUUGAAACGAGCCCUGGCCAGGUAGCUCGGGAGCUCAGGAUGACGCCUGCAAUGAGUCGCGGUGUGCCCAUGCUCCUCCCUCCAAGCAGCUCGCAACCACGCAAGUCAGACUUCGCCUACUUCCCUCUUAUGCCACCUGACGCCGAGGUGACGGAAUUUGGCUCUGUCAUCCUCAACUCGGAGCGUCGACGUCAUGGAUCAGAACCUGAUCUAACCAAUCUGAGCACGAAACCUGCGCCGUUCAAGUGCUGUUGUGCACGGUAA